GCGCAGGAUAUGUUGUAAACAAUGAGAGCAGACCGUCUUCAGCUUUGUGUCUGUCCAACAGUUUAUCUUUGCAAAACUAACGGCGGUUUCUAACAGCUCUGCGUGUAUUACAUAACAAUGUUCUUUGGGAGCUGAAGCAUGGAGGCGGUUCUGAGCAGGCUGAGGGGGCUGAGUGCGGAUGAACUUCGAGGAGAGUUUGCCCGAGCGGGCGUCAAGUGCGGUCCGAUCACAGCGACCACCCGAGCCACCUUUGAGAGGAAGUUAGCCCGAGUGCUAGCCGGUCCAGAGACCAGUGCCACGGACACGGACAGCAGCUCUUCGGCCGCCAGUGGAGCCUCUGAUGCGGAUAAUGCCAAACCUGCAGAAGCUGUAUUAACCUCCGCUUCAACAAAAUGCAAACCCACUGAGGCGGCCAGUGAAGAGUUGGACUUUGGCUACGGAGUAGGUCUCAACCCUCCUGAGGAAGACGAGAUCUUCUCAAAGACCACCUCAAACUGUUCUGCAGAAGGCAGCUACUCUCUGUCCCAAACGGAAACCCCUUCAAAGUCGGCACAAGUGUCCCCAACCUGUUAUUAUGGAGUAUGUCCAAUGUGGGAGGAUGUGUUGUCUAGAAAUGAGAGAGCACAUGUAUACACGGAUAAGAAGGAUGCCCUUCAAGCUGUUAAGAUGAUGAAGGGCGCCCGCUUCAACCGCUUCGCCAACCGUGAGGAUGCUGAGAAGUUUGCCAAGGGGUUCUGUGACUAUUUCGCCUCGCCCAACAAAUCCACACCCUGUGUGUCUCCGGCCAAACCAGGUCUGCUCCUCAGUAAAGACCACAUGGAGGUUGACAGCAUCAACCGGGAGCGGGCCAACAGCUUCAAGAGCCCGCGCACGCAGGACCUGACGGCCAAACUGAGGAAAGCCGUGGAGAAGGGAGACGAGGCGGCCUUCAGCGAGCUGGUCUGGGACAACCCGCGCUAUCUCAUCGGCUCAGGGGAUAAUCCCACCAUAGUGCAGGAGGGCUGCCGGUACAACGUGAUGCACUCGGCAGCGAAGGAGAACCAGGCGGGAAUCGCUCAGCUGCUGCUGGACACUUUGGAAAACCCCACAUUUAUGCGCCUCAUGUAUCCAGACGACCAGGAGGCCAUGCUGCAAAAACGCAUCCGCUACAUCGUAGAUCUUUACCUCAACACUCCAGAUAAGGCUGUACGUUCCGAACCUGAUGAGACCCAGUUUGAUCUAUCUUUAAGCAAGAUACUUUACGAAAGAAAAACACCACUUUGUUGAAGCAAAAAGCAA